ACAACAUUUUUCCCCACGGGGACUAUUACUUUACAUUGCCCUUGAUAGGUACACAGCGACUGUCAUCCUUUCUCACUUUUUAUUUUGUGUCGCGCUGGAUUGUUAAUUGACUCUGCACAUUAUGGCCUCUCACACAGCAUCGCAGCGGUACCUGAGUACCCGAGGAGGAUCUUAUGACUUCUCCUUCGAGGAAGUUGUCCUCAAGGGUCUCGCUUCCGACGGCGGCCUCUUCAUCCCCGAGGAAAUCCCCACGCUGCCCGAUGACUGGGCGUCCAAGUGGAAGGACCUCUCCUUCGCAGACCUCGCUUUCGAGAUCUUCUCCCUCUACAUCUCCCCGUCCGAGAUCCCGUCUGCAGACCUCAAGGACAUCAUCCACCGCAGCUACUCGACAUUCCGCGCCAAAGACGUCGUGCCCACCGUCACACUCGAUAAGGAGAAGAACCUGCAUUUGCUCGAGUUGUUCCACGGGCCUACAUUCGCCUUCAAGGAUGUCGCGCUGCAAUUCCUGGGCAACCUCUUCGAGUACUUCCUCGUCCGCAAGAACGAGGGCAAGACCGGCCGCGAUCGGGAACAUUUGACCGUCAUUGGCGCGACAAGUGGUGAUACCGGAUCCGCAGCCAUCUACGGCCUGCGCGGAAAGAAGGAUGUGUCGGUCUUCAUCAUGCACCCGCAUGGCAAGGUCAGCCCGAUUCAGGAAGCGCAGAUGACGACCGUCAUGGACGCCAACGUGCACAACCUGGCUGUAGACGGCACAUUCGACGACUGCCAGGACUUCGUCAAGGCCCUCUUCGCAGACCCCGAGAUCAACAAGACGCACCGCCUCGCCGCCGUCAACUCAAUCAACUGGGCUCGUAUCCUCGCGCAGAUCACCUACUUCUUCUACUCUUACUUCGACCUCAUCAAGCAACCUUCCUUCCUCCCAGCGUCCGCCGUCCGCUUCGUCGUGCCCACGGGCAACUUUGGCGACAUCCUUGCUGGCUUCUUCGCGAAGCGCAUGGGCCUACCGGCUGAGAAGCUGGUCAUUGCUACAAACGAGAACGACAUCUUGCACCGCUUCUGGGAGACCGGCAAGUACGAGAAGAAGCCUGUGCACGGAAAGAAGGCCGAGGGCGGCAUUCCUGAGGAUGGCGCCAAGGCACACGAGAGCGGAGUCAAGGAGACACUGAGCCCGGCUAUGGACAUCCUCGUCUCGUCCAACUUCGAGCGGUUGCUUUGGUUCCUUUCGUACGACGUAUACAGCACAAACUCCGAUGCGGUAUCGCAACGAAGGAGCCAAGCUGGCGACCAUGUACGGAAUUGGCUCAACGACUUGAAGACAAAUGGUGGCUUCGCGGUCGACAAGCAGAUCCUCGAAGCAGCACAGUCCGACUUCGCUUCGUAUCGUGUCAGCGACGAAGAGACCAUCCAAACCAUCAAAGACAUCUUCAACGCAGAGGCGUCAAAGAGCUAUGUCCUGGACCCACACUCCGCCAUCGGCAUCCAUGCGGCACUACGCUCGGCUCAGGUAUCUAAGCCCCCAUCCACACACCACAUUGCGCUCGCAACAGCGCACCCGGCCAAGUUUGCGAACGCCGUAGAGCUCGCACUUCCAGAGCAGAAGGAGUACUUCCAAGACAAGGUGCUACCAGCUGAGUUCAAGGGUCUGGAGGACUUGCCAAAGAGAGUCAGCCAUGUCCAGAAGUCGGAAGGCUGGCAAGGCGUACGCAAGGUCGUCAUUGCAGAAGUAGAGGCAGAACGAGAAGCUGCGGAAAGAGGUGCGUAGUUGGGGGGGUUAGACCAUCUGGAUAUAGACGAGUUUUGUUCACUCAAUCUUGCAUAGACUAAAAAGGAUCGCCUGCAUGCAAAAGAAUCUCAAUCAUUUAUCAACAUACUGCUUUAAUCACUGUGUAUCGCCAAUAACCCAGCCCGAAAUAAGCUGUCUAUCUCUUUUCCACAGCUUCUCGUUCUGCC